CAGGGGCGGAGGCCAGUCUGUCUUCCCAGCCUGCCCCAGAGGAGCAUUGCUGGGUGGCCAGGGCAGGGCUGCCUACCCAUCCCUGGCCCCUGGACCCCUGGCAUCUGGGGCAGAAGCAACAUCAAAGCAGGGAUUGGCCAGCUCCCACCCCAAAUGCCAAGCAGGCCAGGCUCAGGGAGCACUUGGGGGCGUGACGAAUCCCAGCCAGUCUCCAGCUCGCGUCCCCGGGCCAGUCUGCCUUGGGCCUUGCCCCACCAUGACGCGCCCAUCAUUCAGCCUGGCUCAUCUGCUCACCCUUUCGGGACUGYUGUGCUACUCGGCUUGCUGCCUGGCCCUUCCUGGCCUGGAUCAGAAGAAGCGUGGCAGCCACAAAGCAUGCUGCCUGCUGACACCCCCUCCGCCCCCACUGUUCCCACCACCCUUCCUCAGAGGGGGCCGAAGUCCGCUUCUCUCCCCAGACAUGAAGAAUCUCCUCCUGGAACUCGAGACCACACAGUCCCCAUGCAUGCAGGGCUCUCUCGGCUCCCCUGGACCCCCGGGCCCCCAGGGUCCACCUGGACUUCCUGGCAAGACAGGACCAAAGGGAGAAAAGGGGGAGCUUGGCCGACCAGGAAGGAAGGGUAGACCUGGCCCCCCAGGUGUUCCUGGCAUGCCUGGGCCUGUUGGCUGGCCUGGCCCUGAAGGACCCAGGGGAGAAAAAGGUGACCUGGGCAUGAUGGGCUUGCCAGGGUCAAGAGGACCAAUGGGCUCCAAGGGCUACCCAGGAUCCAGAGGGGAAAAGGGAUCCAGAGGUGAAAGGGGUGACUUGGGUCCCAAAGGAGAAAAGGGUUUCCCAGGAUUUCCUGGAAUGUUGGGGCAAAAAGGUGAAAUGGGUCCAAAGGGUGAACCUGGGUUAGCAGGACACCGAGGACCCACAGGAAGACCAGGGAAACGUGGCAAGCAGGGACAGAAGGGAGAUAGUGGAGUUAUGGGCCCACCUGGCAAGCCUGGGCCUUCUGGUCAACCUGGCCGUCCAGGCCCCCCGGGGCCCCCAGGCCCCCCAUCUGCAGGACAACUUGUAAUGGGACCCAAAGGGGAGCGAGGAUAUCCUGGGCCCCCAGGAAGAUGUCUUUGUGGACCCUCUGUGAAUGUGAAUAACCCUUCCUAYGGGGAAUCCAUGUAUGGGCCCAGCUCCCUGCGAGUUCCUGUGAUUUUUGUGGUCAACAACCAGGAGGAACUCGAGAGGCUGAACACUCAGAACGCCAUUGCCUUCCGCAGAGACCAGAGAUCUCUGUACUUCAAGGACAGCCUUGGCUGGCUUCCCAUCCAGCUGACCCCUUUCUACCCUGUGGAUUCCACUGUAGACCAGCAUGGCACCUGUGGGGAUGGGGUCCUGCAGCCUGGGGAGGAGUGUGACGACGGGAACCAGGACGAGGGUGACGACUGCAUCCGUUGUCACCGGGCCUACUGUGGAGAUGGUCACCGGCACGAGGGCGUGGAGGACUGUGACGGCUCCGACUUUGGCUACCUGACAUGCGAGACCUAUCUCCCUGGGUCAUAUGGAGACCUGCGGUGCACCCAGUACUGUUACAUCGACUCCACACCCUGCCGCUACUUCACAUGAGGAACAGGUGGGCUGUAGCCCAUGGAACUGGCAGCAGCUUCCUCAACCCUCGUCAAGCUGGCCUUGCGCUCUCCUGGGCCAGUGUCCACCAACCUUUGGGUGACAAAAACAAGGAUGAAUUCUCGCUGCUAAGACGUGCUUUUGACUCUGUCUGACUGGAAGAAUUUAGGACCACUGCAUCCUGUCUUAAUCCAAAGUACCGGAAAACCUUCGACAUGCCCACCCUGGGAACUGUUCCCUGUCUCUACCAUCUGGCCUAAGAGCCAGCUAAAAUGCCCUUUCCUCUUCUGGAUUGUCGUUGUCGCAGGCCGUGGACUUGGCUUAGCACUGUUAGACACGUGUAAACCUGCGGGGCUGUUUUAGUUUGUUGGGAGCUGAUGUGGGAAAUCUAGUGUAUAGGCUUCUCUGUCUCUUGGACCUCCAGACACGCAGGUGUUCUUACCUGAGAACCACACAGCAGAGAAGUGGACAUGUUCUCUCAAUAUGGCUCACAGCUUUGGACCCCGCCAGGGACUCUUCAUCUGGUCAGAGGACAACCCGGCUUCAUGUGGAAAUGGCUCCCCCAGGAAGAGACCCAACUGUGGAAAAGCACUGAGAAUGCCACAAAACCCAUGCUCACCUUUGCACCGCCCACUCAGGAAAGGACCCCUGAGCAGAGGGUGGAGGCUCAGCUGAGUCACUUGCCUGCAAACAACAGCAGAGGAGUGGCCUCUCGCUUCUURAUGUUUCCCACAGCGGGAUUCUUAGAGUUGCCAAAUCCCUGCCGCCAUCUUGAUCUUGUGGCUUUCUGUACUUUGACCUCUGUCUUGCAAGGAGUGCCCCUCACUUCCAUUUCCUGUUCAGGAGACUCACUCCGUAAGUCCACACACCUGGGAAGAUGUUGGUCUUUCCGUGUCCUUAGGCACAUACAGUCCUGGCCUUCCCCAUCUAGGGUCCCACUGCAAGGACACUCUCAGCAGACUGUUUCUAUCCUAAGGUGCAUCUCCUCACUUCCUGAUGACUCUUGGGGUUUCCUUUUGUAACUGCAUUGUGCACAUCCUUGUCCUCCUGUCUGUGUGCCUGCACUCUUCACUUUUCUAUAGAAUCCUUAGUCCUGCCUGUCUGUGAGCCGCUUCUCAUGGCCGUCUUUCCUGAGGAGAGCUUGGGUUUAUCAGGGAAAGACAUCACCAAGAUUUCCCCUAUUAUUUCCAGAAAGAGGGACACACCCCACACUCUGAGCUUUUGUACAAAGCUUUUCAAUGAACCUGAGUCUUAAGGACUCAGCAAGCAGAAACUGUGACCCAGCAGGUCAUCUGGGUGGUCUGUGGUGACAUUAUCCCAAAGAUGGUGUCUUCCAAGGCAGGAGCAUUGAUCAGCUAGUUCCCUGGGUCUCUGGGACAAGUCUUGGGGGUGGGGAGGAGGGGGAAUGUUGCUUGCAUGGACAUCCUGGGACUUCCAGAUGAAAGAUCAAGAAAUAAAGGCAUGACGGGUGUGGUGGCACAUGUUGGUAAUCCCAGCAAGUCAGGAGGCUGAGACAGGAGGAUCACAAGUUUGA